GUGAGGCUACAGCGGCGCUGUAGAGCCCGGGCCCCGCCCCCGUCUGCCGAAGUCUGCGCGCGAAUGCCGUGGCGCGAAUUUGGGACCACAACGUAGACCCGAGCGGAACCGAGUGUGUUACCCUGGCAGCGGUGCACUGGAUCCAAGCAAGGAACAGCUGACGGGAAAGGAGAAGAACUGGACAGGAAGGGAGAAUUCUGAUGCCAAGAUGCAGCGAAGUAUCAUGUCAUUUUUCCAUCCCAAGAAAGAGGGUAAAGUGAAGAAGCCUGAGAAGGAGGCAUCCAACAGCAGCAGAGAGACGGAGCCCCCUCCAAAAACAGCACUGAAAGAGUGGAAUGGAGUGCCUGAUAAUGACUCUCCAGUGAAGAGGCCAGCAAGGAAGGCAGCCCGGGUCUUGGGCAGUGAAGAGGAGGACGAUGAAGCCCUGACUCCCACCAAAGGCCAAAAGCCUGCCCUGGACUGCCUGAAAGUCUCCCCUCCUAAUCCUGCCACAUCUCCUGAGAACAGCCCUUCCCUCUCCAAUACCUCUCCCAUGGGUGUCUCCCCAGUGGGGAUCCUGAAGCGCCGUACUGCUCGGAAGCAACUCCCGAAACGGACAAUUCAGGAUGUCCUGGAAGAGCAGAGGGAGGACAAGGACAGAGAAGCCAAGAAGAGGAAGGAGGAGAAAGGUGAAGCACUGGGAGAAGCAGAGACACCAAGAGAAAGCCUCACAGAGGCUAAAGCGGCAACAAAGAAGGAAGCAGAAGAUGGGGACCAGCCCACAACACCCCCCAAUUCCUUUGAGACCUCCAAAGCAGAGAAGCCUAAGGAAAGGGUUUCAGAGCCCAAAGUGCCCGUGAAGCAGGAAGCACAGGAGGACGAUGCUAAACUUCCCUCCAGAGCCCCCAAGACACUCAGCAGCUUCUUCAUCCCUCGGAAGCCAACUGUCAAAAAAGAGGUGGAAGAAGAGGGGCCGCGGGCUCCAGGAAAGGAGGGGACUGAGGGACCCCCGGACCCAACCAACUACAAUCCUGCCAAGAACAACUACCAUCCCAUCAAAGAUGCCUGCUGGAAACCAGGCCAGAAGGUCCCUUAUCUUGCUGUGGCCCGGACCUUUGAGAAGAUUGAGGAGGUUUCUGCUCGGCUCCGGAUAGUGGAAACACUGAGCAACUUGCUGCGCUCCGUGGUGGCUCUGUCACCCCCAGACCUCCUGCCUGUCCUCUACCUUAGCCUCAAUACCCUUGGGCCACCCCAGCAGGGCCUGGAGCUUGGUGUUGGUGAUGGCGUCCUUCUCAAGGCCGUGGCUCAGGCCACAGGUCGGCAGCUAGAAUCCAUCCGGGCUGAGGUGGCUGAGAAGGGUGAUGUUGGGCUGGUAGCCGAGAGCAGCCGUAGCACCCAGAGGCUCAUGUUGCCGCCACCCCCACUCACCGCCUCUGGGGUCUUCAGCAAGUUCCUAGACAUCGCUAGACUCACUGGCAGUGCUUCCACGACGAAGAAGAUGGACAUCAUCAAAGGUCUUUUUGUUGCCUGCCGCCACUCAGAAGCCCGAUUCAUCUCCAGGUCCCUGAGUGGACGGCUGCGCCUGGGGCUGGCAGAGCAAUCGGUGCUAGCAGCCCUUGCACAGGCUGUGAGCCUUACACCCCCAGGCCAAGAAUUCCCCCCAGCCGUGGUGGAUGCUGGGAAGGGCAAGACAGCAGAGGCCAGAAAAUCAUGGCUGGAGGACCAAGGCAUGAUCCUGAAGCAGACGUUUUGUGAGGUGCCUGACCUGGACCAAAUUGUCCCUGUGCUGCUGGAGCAUGGCCUGGAACGUCUCCCGGAGCACUGCAGGCUGAGCCCAGGCAUCCCCUUGAAACCGAUGUUGGCACAUCCCACUCGAAGUGUCAGUGAGGUCCUGAAACGCUUUGAUGAGGCAGCUUUCACUUGCGAGUACAAAUACGAUGGGCAGAGGGCACAGAUCCAUGUUCUGGAAGGCGGGGAGGUGAAGAUCUUCAGCAGGAAUCAGGAGGAUAACACUGGGAAGUACCCGGACGUCAUCAGCCGCAUUCCCAAGAUUAAACUCCCAUCGGUCACAUCCUUCAUCCUGGACACUGAAGCUGUGGCUUGGGACCGGGAAAAGAAGCAGAUCCAGCCAUUCCAAGUGCUCACCACUCGCAAACGGAAGGAGGUGGAUGCAUCAGAGAUCCAGGUGCAGGUGUGUUUAUACGCCUUCGACCUCAUCUACCUCAAUGGACAGUCCCUGGUACGUGAGCCUCUUUCCCGACGCCGGCAGCUGCUCCGAGAUAACUUUGUAGAAAUAGAGGGUGAAUUUGUCUUCGCUACGUCCCUGGACACCAAGGACACUGAGCAGAUUGCCGAGUUUCUGGAGCAGUCUGUGAAAGACUCCUGCGAGGGGCUGAUGGUGAAGACCCUGGAUGUUGAUGCCACCUAUGAGAUUGCCAAGAGAUCACACAACUGGCUGAAGCUGAAGAAGGACUACCUCGAUGGUGUGGGUGACACUCUGGACCUUGUGGUGAUCGGCGCCUACCUGGGCCGAGGGAAGCGGGCUGGCCGGUACGGGGGCUUCCUGCUGGCCUCCUACGACCAGGACAGUGAGGAGCUGCAGGCUAUAUGCAAGCUUGGAACUGGCUUCAGUGACGAGGAGCUGGAGGAGCAUUACCAGAAGCUUCAGACCCUGGUGCUGCCUACACCCCGCUCCUACGUGCGCAUAGAUGGUGCCGUGGCUCCCGACCACUGGCUGGACCCCAGCACCGUGUGGGAGGUGAAGUGUGGAGAUCUCUCCCUCUCCCCCAUCUAUCCCGCUGCCCGGGGCUUGGUGGAUAGUGAGAAGGGCAUCUCCCUUCGCUUCCCUCGGUUUAUUCGAGUCCGUGAAGACAAGCAGCCAGAGGAGGCCACCACCAGUACCCAGGUGGCCUAUUUGUACCGGAAGCAAAGUCAGAUUCAGAAUCAACUGGGCGAGGACUCAGACUCUAACCUUGAAGACAUAUACUAAGCCCAUGCCUUCGGGACUGAGGCAUAAGGCAAGAGGUGGAGGGAACCCAGGGAUAUUGCCUGUGCUUUUCAGCAAAUCUGGUAUUGCAAUCUGUGGUUUUAGAGAGUCAGGGGUGUGUGAACGGGGUGGUUUGGGAUUCAUCCGGUCGUUUCUUUCAAUAAAUAAUUAU